AUGGAGGGUGAAGGGCGCCGUGGCGCUGAUGCCACAGCUGAUAAUGCCUCUAUGGGUUAUAUGUUAACUGUAGGGGUUAUGGAAGAAGUUCUCGAGAAACUAAAAUUGCUUGACUACGAGACGGAAUUCUGCAAACAGAUGGGGUUCAGACCUUUGUCAAGGUAACAGCCAGUAAAAUUUGACACAAACCUCGCAAUUUUAGUUGUGUUAAGAUGAUUUGAGGACUAUCCAUAAUGACAGGGAUUGCUUCUGUCCAGAACAACAAAACUCUGUUGUGGAGCUCUUCAAACAUAUGGUCUUUUAUAUGGAAAGAAAGAUGAUUUUUUAGCUCCUAGUCGACCGCGAAUCGCCAAGUUAUAGUUGGUAAUUUAACCCUUCUUUUUUCAAACAUUGUCAGGCACUACUUUGCAGUGGCAACUAACCCAGGGGAGCAGUUUUUUACCUUCACAUCAUUAGCAGCUUGGUUGUUUACACGUUGUGACAGGAACUUUGAACAACCUCAGGAGGUUUGUAACAUGGAGAUCACUGGUCACUUUUUUCUGUCAGAUAAUGAGUGCUUGAUACAUCCAUGGUGUAUAAUUAUUGAAGUUGUCUUCUUUUUCAGUAUGAUGACCCUAAUGCUACUGUGUCCAGCAUUUUGGAUGAACUUAAAAAACUGGUGAGACAAAUUUAAUAAUCAUUUGAUAUUAAUUCAUAAGACUGAUGAUUAGUCACUAAAUAUAAGUUAAUUUUUAUUUGUGAUUUAUUAUAAGUGACUUUAUUUCAGAAUGUUGGAGCAGAUUUUCCACCAGCAAAACUGAAAACAGGAACAGGAGAACAGGUAAAUGAACACAAAUCUUAUUAAACUAUGUAAUUUUUGUUGUUAUUAUGCAUAUUUAUUAUAACGUGACUGACACUACACUAAACUCUACUGAUCCAAGGUGAUAAUUUUAGUGUAGUCCAAGAAUGACAAGGUAAAAGUAAAUUUGUAAUUCAGCUUGCAAUGUCCAUUUUAAGUAGUUGAUUAAAUUAUAUGCAACUUGAUGUGAUUGUGAAAAUGUUUGUUUUAUGAUGUUUUUUAGGUUUGCUAUGUAAUUGAUAAACUUGCAGACGAGGCUCUGAAAGUCAAGAAAUUUGGCUGGAAAAAGUAAAUGUCCAUAUUAUUACAUGUCAUUAUAUGUAUCCUAGAUAGUUCAUAAAUUUAUUUGUGUUGUGAUGAAACCAUAUUUUUCUAAUUUCCCAGGCCACAACAUGAACAGGAAGACUUUGAGGAGGAAACAAUGGAAGAUGAUGAAGCUGAACUGACACUGAACAAAGUGGAGGAAGAAAUGAUGGUGAGAACAACUUAAAUCAAAAUACUGAUAUGCUCACUGCAUGCAGGCAUUUUUUUUCAAGCUUAGUUGAUUUACAUCAACUCUAAUAACAAACUCUUAUUUUCUUUUACCUGAGUUUUUAUGUCUUUUGGAGCACAGUUGUUUGUUUAAUCUCUAACUUUUGUACCUCUUUUGGGCAGGAUGAAACAGAGGAAGAAAUUGAAGAAGAAGACAGUUAUCUAGAUCUGGCAGGAAUGAAGCAGCAGUCACAAAUGAAUGUAAUCAGAACCAGUUUGUGAUGAUUGUUGAUAAAUGAAUUCAUCUCAGGAUCAAAAUCUUUAUGUUUUUUCUUGUGUCUUUUGCUAUGAAGGAGAUUACUGAUUCAUCAAAACCUGAGUCUGUGAUGGAGUCAACUAUUGAUGCUGCCGAGUGGAAACUUGAAGUUGAAAGAGUUCUGCCUCUACUGAAGGUUCACAUUAGAACUGACAACAAGGUAAAUUUUUAACAAUAUUUCCUUUUAUUUUAUCUUUCUUUAAACUUUUAGGCAAUCAAAGGUAUCCAAUUUAAGCUCUGGUCAGUGGCAGUUUGAUUUAGGCAGGGUUUCUGAUGGCGUUUUACGUCUGUUCCCCUUUGUAGGACUGGAGGACACAUUAUGAACAAAUGCAACAACACAGUGAAGGAAUUAAAUCUUCUCUAACAGAGACAAAGGUAUGAUUAAUUGGAACUCACCAAUAGAUUAAUUAUCAUGUACCUUAAUUGUUUUCAUAGUUAACCUUUUGCUAUUGAGAGCUCAUUUAAUUUAGAAAUUGUCCUUGCUGUCUGCCAUACAAUUUUUAUGAAGUUAGUUGGAGAAUUUUAUAUUUGAUCAACUAGUAGUUCCCCAAUUGAUAUAUUUUCUUUAUUCUUAUUUCUUGUCUGUUCAUUAUUGUAUUGAUAUUUUUAAGGGGAAAUUCUGUCUUGAUCAUUUGUAGGAGUUUAAAGGCUAAUUACAGACUGUUUACUUUGCUGCCAGCUCAUCACCAUUCUGUAUUACUCACAUCUUCAACUGCUAUUUCAAUUAGGGUCAUCUUGACAAACUACACCAUGAAAUUGGCAGGACACUUGAGAAAAUAGGAAGUCGCGAAAAGUACAUCAACAAUCAGGUGCAACUUAAUUAGACAAUAAAAUGAAUUAAAAAGAUGUUAGAGUUUAGGUUUGAGUGUUAAUGUUUGACUCAGAAAUCAUUUCUGCCUAUUGUUUAUAACAGCUGGAACAUUUGCUACAAGAAUUUCGGAGUUUACAGGACACUUUAGCUGAGGUAUGUUUGUUAAUAUUAAUUUUGCGGAGAUGUAAGUUCACUCGGGCUACAAUUUUGAUGUGUCUUAAUAUAUUUGUGUGUGUCAUCAGACUAAAGAACGUUACAAGCAAGGCUCUGGGGGAGUAACUGACCUCACCAAGUCAUUAUCACAGGUUUGUUUACAUGUGGAAUUUUGUGAUUGUUUUUUACUCCUUUUACCUGAUGACACAGUAUUCUGAUGAUAAACCAAAUUGAAUUCAUUUUGUGUGAUUGUUUAGAUCACUGAAGAGCUUGAGUCUGUCAAAGCACAGAUGGAUGAAAGAGGAACAAAUAUGACUGAUGCAGGUAAGGGACAUAAUUAUAUCUUUGAUUCAUUCUGCAACUCUGGUGACAGUGACUUGUAACAGGGGAGCGAAGAUCUUUAGUGUCAUUUCAAUUGUGUUAUGCAGGUCCAUUAGUCAGAAUAAAACAAGCUUUGACAAGACUUAAACAAGAAGUUCAACAAAUGGAAGUUCGUAUUGGAGUGGUAAGUUGGGUCUUGUCUUUUGUUUGUUUGCCUUUUGUUUCGUUCUUUUCAUUAAGUACUUCAAAGACAUAACAAAUGAUAGGGAAGGGGUUUCAAGUCGACUUGGAUUUCGUUGAGCUUUCGAUGACUUAGAGGUGUGUCUUAGUACUGAUUACAGCAAGUUUCAAGACUGUCGGAAACUUUUUACGGACAAGAAUCCGAAUACGAUUCCGUGUAGAUCCCGGAACGUAACAGUGAUUUUAGGCGUAACGCUUAGGGAACGGCAAAUUACAAAAAUAAACUCUGAUGUUUCCCACUUACGUUACUUUCUGUAUGUCAACCCAGUACAAUUAUUGGAAACUUACAGCAGACGACUUGUUCAGUUCUUACCGUUUUCCUAGAAAGUCUUUCUCAUAAUAAGGUAAAACUCGCUAGUCAUGAAGUAAGAGUAGAAUAGGUAUUUACAUUUUCAAGUAACUGCUGUCCCUCAGUUACAAACACAGACAUAUUUGUUCUUUACAAUGUUAACUAAUAAGGUUGUUGACUGUCUCUCUUUAGGUUGAACACUCCCUUCUCGUUGCUAAAAUCCGUGACCGUAGCGCCAUUAGAGAAGACAUGCAUGCCCCAGUCUCUGACGCAGCUACGUUUGGAGAUUUCAAACCGUUUUAGACUGGACCGAUCGUCACAUGACAUGUGAAAGCAGAGUAGGAACCUAAUUUAACAUUACUUUGUAGUUCCAAAUUUACUACGAAAGGAUUUUCAGUCAUACCACAAACCAUAGUAAGGAAUGGAACUGAAACUGGAAAGUAAUCAAAAACGUUUAAAUUGCAGGGAAGUUUCUGCAGAGCGCAGAGUUUUAUGUUCUUCAAACGCAUCUGUCAUCAUUACACCUUUCAGCUUGGCGUGCUCUUGGCCGUAUAUUAGUUUCUUCUCGUAAAGCGUGAGGCAACUUUCUCUUUGGAAGCACACCAACAUUAAUUUAAUGACUUUUGUGUGAAAUUCCGGUGACUCAUUUUACAGGUUCGGCGAUUCUACAUUUCCGAGAACUUUUCUUGUUAGAAUCAAUAAUAUAAGAACACCCUCUCCUCCCUAGAGUUAUUCAUGUAAUAUAAUGGCGUUCAUCUGAUAACUGUUAAAUUAAAAAGUGGUUUAAAACAGUGG